UUUAGCACACUGUACAAUAAAAAUAAUUUCAUAAUUCAUUGCAUAUUUACUGGGAGUGAAUAUAAAGUUGAAUGAAUUGUUUAUCUCAGAUUUGGUACAUGGUUUAUGUAGUCCUCGUAGUGGCAGAGACAUCACAGGCCGGCGACAUCACUUUUUUUGAGUUUGACAGACUGGGCUGCCGCGGCCUGUACGACCAAUCAAAAUUAGCUCGACUGGACAGGCUUUGUGAAGAAUGUUACCAAGUUUUUAGAGAAGAGGAAAUACUCUAUAAAUGCAGAAAGCAUUGUUUCAGCAGUAAGAUGUUUCAAGAAUGCGUAACAUCUGUUACUCAUGAAAGGCAUCGGAAUGAACUGAUGGAAGCUUCUGCUACACUCAGAUGUCACAUACCCGAAUGGAUAUGACCUAUCAUGUAAACAUGAAUGAUUACUUAUUCAAAAAGUUUUCCCCUCC